AAUUUAUUUCAUGUUUGAUAUUAUGAAUACAGUUAAGUUGUGGUAAAUUCUACAUUCAGUACAAUAUUCUGAAAGUGUCAGACGUAUGUUAACGGGUUUGCAACAAAUUCAAAAGCAGGCGGUGAAUAAUUAAAAAAACAUGGCUGUACAAAAAGAAGAAGUUGUAAUAUCGGGUAUUGGAGGAGUAUUUCCUGAAUGCGAUACGAUGGAAGAGUUAAAAUACUUAUUAUUUAACAAAACAAAUGGAGUAACGAUCGAUUCAAGAAGAUGGAAACCAAAUGAACUUGGCGCUAUUGCUGGAACUGGAAAACUGAAAAAUGUUAACAAAUUUGAUGCAACGUUCUUCAGUGCUCAUCCUAAACUAGCCGAAGUAAUGGAUGCAAUGACAAGAAUCUUCAUAGAACGUUCAAUUGAAGCGGUUUUCGAUGCCGGUUUGAGUCCAUCAGAUUUACACGGAACAAAUACAGCUGUAUUUUCUGGUUCAGCUAUCAGCGAAACAGAAAUGUUUACAUUGGACUCCUCUAAAACUGCUGCUUUUUCAAUGUUAGGACGGAGUAGAACAAUGCAAGCAAAUCGCGUUUCAUACAUCCUUAAUUUAACAGGUCCCAGUUUCACAAUGGACGGAGGAUGGAUUUGUGGGUCAAACGCUUUAGAAAAAGCCAAAAAAAUGAUUGAAAAUGGUUUCAUAUCUUCUGCAAUUGUUGGAGUUACAAAUUUGGCUCUUAGGCCAGAAAUACAAUUCCAGUUCCAAGGAUUGAAUAGAUUGAAUCAAAGUUUCCAAACAAAAUCAUUCAGUUCUGAUGCUAAUGGCUAUAACAGAUCAGAAGCUUGUAUUGUUAUGUAUCUUCAAAAAGCAUCUGAAGCAAAACGUUCCUAUGGAACGUUAUUGAGUGUAAGAUCAGUCCAGUUUGGAGACCACGAAGGGCAUAUAACUGAGCACAAUGGAAAUAACUUUAAAUCAUUACUGUUGGAUACUUAUAAACAGGCCAACAUCGAUCCAGCUUCUGUAGAAUACAUUGAAGCUUACGGAUCAGGGAUAAAGAGUGAAGAUGCUAUGGAAUUAAAUAUUAUGGAAGAAGUAUUUUGUACAAAACGAAGAAAUAUUCCAUUAAAAGUAGGUUCCGUAAAGAGUAAUAUUGGCCAUUGUGAAGUGUCUGGUCUCUUUAUGUCAAUUGUUAAAGCGAUCAUUAUACUGGAAAGUGGCUACAUACCACCCAAUAUAAAUUACUCAGAACCAAAUAAAAGUGUAGCAGCAUUAAAAAAUGGAAAAAUUCAAGUAAUCACAGAAAAAACUCCUUUCAAAGGUGAAAUCAUUGGCGUCAGUUCUUUCGGUUUUUUAAAUGCAUUUAGUCAUGUUAUUCUAAAAAAGAAUAAUAAAGUAAAAGAGAUAUUCAAAAACAUAGACAGUAAUGAUUAUAUACCAAGGCUUAUAUUAGCAUCUGGGCGGAAUGAAGAAAAUGCUAGAGCGACUGUAAAACAGAUCAAGUAUCAUGGAAAUGAUCUGGAAUAUUUAGCGUUGACCAAUGACGUGUUUACUAGAAAUAUCAAUGCUCAUUUCUUCAGAAGUUUUUCUAUUUUCCCCAAUAUAGAUGAAUCACGGACAGAUGAAGUUUGGAAUGUUAAUAUGAAGAAACGCGAAAUAUGGUUUAUCUUCUCUGGUAUGGGGUCACAAUGGCAAGGAAUGGGUACAGAUCUUAUGAAAAUUCCAGUUUUUGCUGAUGCUAUAAACAAAUGUGAUAUUAUACUAAAAGCAAAAGGAGUUGAUAUCAAGAAUAUUUUGACCAGUCAAAAUCCAGAACUUUUUGACAACAUUCUCAAUUCGUUUAUCGGAAUCGCUGCGGUUCAGAUUGGAUUAGUAGAAGUGUUGAAAGCAUUAGACAUUACACCUGAUGGCAUUAUAGGCCACUCGGUCGGAGAAUUGGGAUGUGCAUACGCAGAUGGUUGUUUUACGGCUGAAGAAAUGAUAUUAGCUGCUUACGCCCGAGGUCAAGCUACUCUAGAAACAGACGUUAUUUCUGGCAUGAUGGCCGCCAUUGGACUUGGAUAUAACCAAAUCAAAGACAAGCUUCCACAUGACAUCGACGUCGCUUGUCGUAAUAGUGCCACUAGCUGUACAAUAUCGGGUCCAGUUGAAAGUAUCAAAGAGUUUGUGUCACAACUAAAAUCCGAAGGUGUCUUCGCAAAAUCCGUCAACGUUGCUGGCAUAGCGUUUCACAGUAGAUAUAUUCAAUCCGCUGGUCCGACUCUACUUAAAUAUUUAAAAGAUGUGAUCAAAGUACCAAAGAAAAGGUCGUCUAAAUGGGUUAGCAGUUCGUUGCCGGAAACAGAAUGGGAGUCUGACCUCGCAAAAUAUUCUUCUCCAGAAUAUCAUACUAACAAUCUAUUGAGUAGUGUAUUAUUUGAGGACGUUCUAAAACACAUACCUAGUAACGCCAUCGUAAUUGAAAUUGCUCCUCACGGUCUUCUACAAGCAAUUUUAAAAGAAGCAUUACCUGAAACAGUGACCAAUAUACCACUAACGAAAAGGAUGUUUGGUGAUUCAAUUCGAUUUCUACUUACUGCUAUUGGAAAAAUGUACACAAAUGGCGUUAAUCCAAAAAUCAAAUAUAUUUAUCCAAAAGUUACAUUUCCUGUUAGCCGAGGUACCCCUUGUAUUCAAAGUUUGCCUUUUUGGGACCAUAAUGAGCAAUGGACACCUGUUGUAACUAAUUCACAAAUACAUGGGUUCUUUGGUGAAAGAACGACGUCAAUAAUUAUCAAUGAUAGUAUUCAUCUAAUCAAGUACCAAAUCCAUGGUGUUCAUAUUAUACCAUUCGCUUAUAUGCUGGUAAAUGUUUGGGAAAUGUUUGUUGAAAUUAAUUCUAAAACGUUUUCUGAUGAGUCUGUUCAGUUCAAUAAUCUAUGUUUUAAAAAUAAUAUCAAAGUUCAUCCAAAUAAUAUAGUUGAAGGUAAUAUAAUGAUUCAGUGGGGAUCUGGUCAUUUUGAAUACAAUUUAAACGAUGAGGUCAUUUUUUCUGGUCAAAUAAGCUUCUUGAACAAUGUACAUUUAAAUAUAAAAAAAGAAAAAAUGAUAGCAUUAGAUAUAACAUCUGAUGAGUUCCAAGGGUCUGUAAUGGAAGAAGAAAUAAAUGCAGUUUUUGAAAACAACGGAUUCAACCUAGGAGACGAUUACAAAAAUAUAACCAAAUUUGAUAUUUAUAAAAAUUAUAUCCAAGGAAAUAUAAAAUGGAAAAAUGAUUGGAUUUACUUUCUUGAUGGCUUAUUGAAAUUUCCUAUAUUAGAACAUUUAGGUAUAUGUCCAAUAGAAACUCCGAUUUCCAUUAGACAAAUUAGUAUAAACCCAACGAUGUUCAAAAAAAAUAACGAAAAAGAUGUAAGUGUAAAUUACAACACAGCAACUAAAGAAAUAACGUGUGAUGGAAUAAAUAUAACAGGUAUAAGAAAUGGGCAUUUAGUAUUGCCGAAAACUAAUUCUGCUGUAGUCAAUUUACAAGAAGAGAUAUUUAUUCAAUUCAACCUCUCACGAUGCAAAAACAUCGACCAAUUUAUCUACGACUCUAUGGAUAUAAUAACAGAUGAUUUCGAUAAAACCUCUGAAAAACUAAUUUUAUGUACUCCGUACCAUUUUGACGAUCAGAUAUCUAAAUUAUGUACAAAAACAAUCAAACAAAUCUUUGAAAAUCAACUAUCAAUGAAUAAUGAGAUAUUAAACUGGCACGACGUUGUAAAACAACCAGAAAAUGAUGAAUCUAGAAAAUUGAUCACGGUGACUAAUGUUAAUUACUUACAAGAUACGAUGAGAGCUUUAGUCAAUAUAAAAUGUAGUUACAUAAUAGUGUGUUCAAAAAAAAAACUACAAGACCUCAAAGAUUGGAAAAUAAUCAUUCAACAACGAUUUGACAAUAACAGCCAUUUAGGAUUGAUGAAAAAGGUAAUGACCGUAGGCAAGAAUAUAAUAUCUAUAAAACCAACAAAUGAUGUAUACGAUUUGAGUAUUUGGAGAGCAUUAGAAACAUAUAAUUCAUCAAAAGACAUGAUCUAUAUAAUUUCAAGGUCUGCACCAUUAGAAGGCAUUACCACUUAUGUUAAAGAAAUAUUGCAAAAGUAUAAAUCAAAGAAAUUAAGAUUCGUGUUUAUUUUGGAUUCAAACGCACCAGAUUUUGACUCCCAUCAGUCAUUCUAUACACAUCAACUAUCAAAAGAUUUAGUAGUAAAUAUUUUUAAAAAUGGUGGUUGGGGUUCUUAUAAAAGAAUUUUUCUUCAAGAUUUAAAAGACAAUAUUAGAGUCAACAAAAAUUUAGAGUUUAAAAAUGUCACUACAAAUACUAAAAAUAAAUUGGCAGUAAAAUAUCUAGGGUUAAAUUUCAAAGAUUUAGUUGUUGAAGAAAGCACAGAAAACGAAUUUGGACUUUUGGAGUACUCUGGGUAUGUUGAUAAUAAAACCAUUAUGGGAAUCACUUCACUCAACGAAAUGUCUUCUAAGAUGAUUUAUGACCCGCUAUUAUCAUGGCCUGUACCAUCGACGUGGUCACUGGAAGAAGCGACUACUGUUCCUCUAACUUACGCUAUGACCUAUUAUGUGUUGAACAUCUUGUGUAAUGUUCAAAAGAAUAAUUCUAUUUUAGUAACCUCGGGGUUGCACCCUAUAGGUCAAGCUGCGAUUGCGAUAAGCUUAGGUAUUAAGUGUGAGACAUACGCUAUUGUAGAAUCGGACCAUCAAGCAGAACAACUUUCUAGUAUCUUCCCAGAGCUAUCGCGGUCAAAAAUACUUAUAAACACAAACGACAAUUUUGAUGUUCAACUAAAAAUGAUAACCAAGGCAAAGGGUAUAGAUAUUAUAUUGAACUUUUUGAAUGGCAAUGCAUUCCAAGCUGCACUUCGCGCAUUAGCUUUAUAUGGAAGUUUCUUCCAUUUCUCAAAAUCAGAUAUGAAGAAUCAAAGAAAUUUAGGUACGCGACUAUUCUUGCAAAACACGUCGUUUUUCGCUGUCAGUUCAAACAUGUUGUUAAACGAAAGUGAUCACAACAAACAAAUUGUACAGCAAGCGUUUAUGGAUGGAUUAAAUAAAGGCGUGGUUAAACCUAUGCGUAGUCGCGUUGUAACUUCGUCGUUUGGUGGUGGUAACAUUUUUGACACAAUGAGAAAUAACGCUUCAUCAAUAACGUCUGAAAAAGUUGUAUUGUCAUUAAACGAUAGUAUCAAUAAUUAUGAGGGUUCUAAGUUAAAGGAAAAAGUCGAAUGUAAUAUUAUGUAUGAAUGUCAUCCUGAUAAAAUUUACCUAAUAGUUGGGAAUAAAGGAGAUUGGAUAGACCUCGCCGAAUGGUUGGUCGAACGAGGUGCUCAAAAAAUUGUAAUCGUAGUCAAAAGGUGUUUAAUGUCAUCGACUGUUUGUAGAAGAUUUGAUAGACUCAUUUCUCGAAACGUAUCCAUACAAAUUGAAUCAGAUUUGAAUUUAAAAACAAAAGAGGAAUCGCUUAAUUGGUUAAAUUAUUUGACAAAUUUUAAAGUUUUAGAUGCAAUUUUUAUUGUCAACCAGAUUGAUAUUAAUAAAAUGAAUAAUCUUCGAUAUGCUUUUGAAAAACAUAUGAACCAAACACUAACGACUUCGUUCGUAUGUAUAUUAAGUAACGGAAGUUCUAUUUGUGCUGACCUCAAAUCAAUUGGUUUUAACGCUUUUAAUAUUUCCUGGGAUGGAAUGUCUUCGACACCGACAAAUACAACCAAAAUAUUGCCUUCGUUGGAUAUUUUAUUACAGAAAUCAUACGCAGUAGACUCUUCUUCAUUCGUGUGCUCUGAACCUGGCUCCAUUAAAUCCGAGUGCUAUCAACAAAUUAAUAAUAUUAUCACAAAUAUUUUACCCGAAUCAAGUGAUGAGUUACAUUGUCUUAAUGAUAUACAACCUCAAGAAACAGAAUUUGUUGAAGUCUCAACAAGAAGUCCUAGAUUAUCACAACUGAAAUCUGUAAUACCUGUGUUCUUAAUACCGGGAUUUAAACCAAAACUCAUAAAAACGUUUUAUGAAAAAUUGAGUUACCCAGUUUUUGAAGCUCAUUUACCAGAAGAUAUCGGCUCGAUUGAUGAAAUAUCACAGAUUUUAGUAAAUAAACUAAAAAAGAUUACAAAUCAAAAAUAUGUAUCUCUAAUUGGUGAAACUUGGGGCGGAACUGUUGCUCUUAAAAUGGCUCAAAUAUUGGAAGCGGAAGGAACAUUGACUACCGUAACAUUAUUAGAAGGUGAUCCAGAAAUAUUGGCUGGAUGUGCGAAACAUUUUCUCUCUAAUGGAUAUAUUACCAAAAAACUUAACUCGAUAUAUGGUUCAUUAUCAAGUGAGUUAUCUAUACAUACAAUACGAAAAUAUGAUGAAGACUUUCAGUUGAUAAACAUGUCUGCUUAUCAAAAACAAUUUGAAAAAAACACACAGAAAGCUUUAAACAUUAUUCGCUCUAGGUUACAAGCAUUACUAGAGACCAAGCCACUUUCGAAUAAAAUACAAUCAAAAGUUGUAAUAUUUAGAUACGAAAGCACGUCUAAAUUUCAUAGUACCAACUUAAAAGAUUAUUGUAUCAACCCGCCAUUUGUACACAUAAUUUCUGGAAUGGAUUAUAAACACAUGAUGGUAGACGAGAAAAUGAUUGAAAUGAUUAAUAAUAACGUUGUUUAUUCAUAUCCGAUCGGGGUGGAAUUGCCACUGUGCGAUAAAUACAAAAACUUCUACUUUUAUAUGCAAAAAUACUUAAAAAAUACGUAGAUAAAAAGAACAAAGAUAUUGUAGUUUGUUUUUCUGUUCUAUAUAAAUGUUGAAAUUGUUAGGUUAGGUUAAUGGUAAUUAUAUUUUGAUUAAAGUCUUUCA